AUAUUAUUCUUUAGGCGAUUCCUUAUGAAUAAUACGUAGUCUUAUAAAUAAUAAUUUUGUUAAUUUUGGAGUAUUGUCCUGAUUAAUGUGAUGGAUGGUUAUUUUUAUUCAAUAUGCUUCAGUGCUUUUCUAUCGUGCCAAAUCUGAACAUAUACUAAUUCUCAUAUCUCUUCAUUAUCCUCGUCUUGCACGAUGCAUACAAAUUGGAUGGUUUUUAUGCUAUUUUCCAUACUUGGAGAUUGGAGAUAAUUGUUUAUGAACAACACUUGCUUCAACUAAUUAGGCUAUAAGCAGAAAGUGUAAAAUGUACACAUUGAUUGAGUUAUGUCAAGUUUUAACUGUUGAUUGUAACCUUAGAAAAGCAUUUACAUAAUUUUCCAAGUUUGUGUUUGAGAUCCUCUGUCAAUGUACUGAUAUAUAGAAUUUAAUUUGUAUACAGCAUUAGUGUAAAAAUAUUUACACUAUUAAUUAACCAUAAGUGUAAAGUUUUUUUUAGAAGGAACCAUAAGUGUAAAGUUGUUUAAUUUUAUGUUUCAGUUGACAUAAUUUAUGAUUGAUUGAUUGAAGUUAAUGGUUUAUAAUUUUUUUAGGGUUUCCAUUUUAAGAAGCUUUGUAUGAGAAUUGUGGUGCUGAUACUGUUAAUUAUUUCUACAAAUUUUGAUAUUUAUGCUUUGGAAAUAGUAUAUAUGUCAAUUGUGUUUGACUUUUCUAUUACCAUAUUGAUCUAAUCUGUCCAACUGUUCUCUUGUUAUAUUUUGAUUUGCCCUUUAUGUGCUUCUGUUCUGCAAUUUUGUCAUGCACCAAUCUCUGGUCUGUAUUUUUUACUCGAAGGAUGUGCGUGAAUUAGUGCAAUGACAACAUCUAGUAAAUUAGAUCCAUCUUCCAGUAGCCUGGAUAGACCACUGCACAUUGCGCAGCAUGGAUCCAACAUAGCUGCUUCAUUAGAUAGAUCAGGUAGGUUUCGAGAAUGCAUGAAAAAUCCAUUUUUGUCUUCUCUGCCCACUAUGUUGAGAAGUAGUGAAGUAGAUCUCCAGCAACACAUUUUGAUCAUAAGUCUAAUCAUCAUGAUUCAUGUGGAUUAUAAGCGACAUGUUAAUGCUGCUCUUGGAAUUUCAACUGAUAAAUCUCCAUCUAGUUCUGCAAAAGGAAAGCUACUGCUAUCGACAGUACCAGAAGAUGUCAAGCGAAUGAGGGAUGGUUUGAAUUCAAGCACUGUGAAGGCGAGGGAACGAGUGAAAAUGUUCAAUGAGGCCUUAUCUAUAUUCUAUGAAGUUUUCCCACCGUACUGGAAUUCAUAACGAAUGUCUCUAGAGUAUUGCCUGCCACCAGCCUGUCUAAGCAUUCUCUGGUUUUAUAACUUUCAUCUACCUAUUUCUGAAUAUUUGAUGCGAGUGUAGUAUACUAAAUGUAUACUAAAAUUUUGUAGGUUUGGGGGCUUAUUUGCUAUAAAGUUUGUUUUUUAUGUCUUUAAACUUAUUCUUACAGAUCUCUUGAAUUAUUUGGCUUCAAUUUACUAUUUUGAUGAAGGGAAUGAUAACAAUUCGGAACUGAAAUCAUUAGACUGCUAAAGAACACACAAUGAUCAUGAUAUAUAUUUGAUUUUUUUUCUUUUUGUUUGUGUUUCAAAUAGCAAAACUAUGAAAGUAUGUGGUAGCUCAUGGACUUCAAAGUUUUCUUCCUUUGCUGCAGAAAAUUCUGUUGUUCACUGAUGUAAUAAUUUUAAGAAUAUAUCCAUGAUAGGUUAAUUAUUAAAUGCAAUUGAGAUUCUAAACUGAGACCGGUUCAAUUAUUGAAUGUGCACAAAAUAAGAUAAAAUAAUUAAAACUAAAUAGAAAAAAUAGUAAUAUGAGAAGAACUUGCAUUCUUACGAGAAAUUUUUAUACACGAGAAUAGAAAAUGAAGAAAACAUGUGUAAUCUAUACUAUAUAAAAUAAAAUAUAUUUAGGAAUAAUAUUUUUAUCAUUAACUAAUCAAACAUAAUGAUAGUUUGGGAUCUGUUUAUUUUGAGAAAAAACUAUCUUUUAUUUUUAAUUAUAAUUAUAAAAUGAUAACGUGCUUCUUUUAUGUUCAAAGGUUUGAACAAAACAAAGCAAAUUUUAAAAAACAAACAAAAAAGAAAACACCAAAAACCUCUUUUGUUUUACCAAUAUUGUAAAAACAAAAAUAGAUUAAAAAUAAGGUGACAUUUCUUAGAGCAAAAUAUUUUUAACCAACACUAUAAUGAUUUUGGAUUCUUUAUUCUUCCUCUAUUAUUAUUAUUAGAGAUCUUAUUACUAUUGGUUGAAAUCUCCUUGGCAUGGAAGGCUUAAGGGUAGCGAGUUAAUUAGAAGAGGAGAGGAAGAAUUAUAUCAAUUUGGAAUCAGGAUUAGAGAACGAUUUCCAAGUUAAUUUGUUUGAUGAUUAUUACUAUCUUAUAUCCUAUAACAGGUGAGUCUAUCUUCAUUUUUUAAUUUCCUUCUAAAUAGAUUUGGUCUUUUGCAAUUUUUGGUUAUCUUGAUGUACGUCAGUUGUUAUAUCUUCCAUGUUUUCGGUGGAUUUUGAUAAUUAAAUUAAUUUUCUUUCUAAUUUUUCAUUUAAUCACAAUGAAGCUCUUCCAUUUGUAGGAACUCUCUGGUCUCUAACUGCGCAACUUUCUUGGGCUACAAGGUAGUGUAGAAUAUUCUCU